UACGUCCCGAAGCGCCUCCCUUUCUUCUUCUCCGUUCAUGAGCCCCAAAACCCUAGGAAGCUCCCAUAGCUGCAGUGCCACCUCUGCAGGCGCCUUGCACCGCUGUGACAACGAAGCUGCCACCGAUCGUCGACGGCCUUCCCUUGUCUAUUACAGCACAGUUGGUGGCUCGCGUAGAAGCUCAGACGAUGGAAUAGAGCUUUCCUGCUGGUGUCAGUGAUGAUAAUUUAUUUUGACUUAUUAGGCAAAUUGCUUUGAUAGUAACAAGACAUGCUGCUGGUAUUGCAUCUUUUAUAGAGGCAAUAUGACUCAGCAGUCGUCGUCUCGUCUUCAUCGCCUGCUCACUCUGUUGGACACUGGUUCAACCCAAGCAACGAGAUUUGCAGCAGCUCGUCAUAUAGGGGAUAUUGCCAAAUCACAUCCGCAAGACUUGAACUCUUUGUUAAGGAAGGUUUCCCAAUAUCUCCGCAGCAAAAAUUGGGAUACUAGGGUUGCUGCUGCUCAUGCUGUUGGAGCCAUUGCUGAGAAUGUUAAGAACACUUCUUUGGCCGAAUUAUUUGCAUGCAUUGAGAGAAAGAUGUCAGAGUCUGGGAUUUCAGGUGCUGUUGAUGAUUUAGUGGCGUGGCCUAACUUCCAUCCUAAGUUUAUGGCAAGUCUAUCUUUUAGAAGCUUUGAUAUGAUCAAGGUGUUGGAGUUUGGUGCUUUGUUAGCAUCUGGGGGGCAGGAAUACGAUGUGGCAAAUGAUAAUACUAAGAAUCCAAGGGAGAGAUUGGCUCGUCAGAAACACAAUCUCCGCCGCCGUUUGGGUUUGGACAUGUGCGAACAGUUCAUGGAUGUCAAUGAUAUGAUAAGAGAUGAGGAUCUUCUUGUGCAUAAAUUUAAUUCCCAUGGAAAUGGGAUUGGCCGUGGUUUCACAUUUCCAUCUCAGAACAUUCGGCAACUAGUUGCCAAUAUGGUUCCUGGUUUCAUGUCUAAGAGGCCAAGUGCGAGAGAACUGAAUCUCUUAAAACGAAAAGCAAAGAUAAAUUCAAAAGACCAAACUAAAGGCUGGCCUGAGGAUGGUGAAACAGAAGUAUCAUAUUCUGAAAAUACAACAGUAUCAAAGGGCAUAUGUUCAGGUUCAUUAUCUAACAAGUUGCAGGUGUUUGUAGAUACUACCCUAGAAGAAGACAGCAUUGAGCAUGAUGGAGUUGGGCAGUGGCCUUUUCAUAAUUUUGUUGAACAACUUCUCCUUGAUAUAUUCGAUCCCCUCUGGGAGGUUCGCCAUGGCAGUGCCAUGGCUUUGAGAGAAAUUUUAACCUUUCAAGGUGCCUCAGCUGGAGUAUUUCUGCCUGAGUUGACCUUUGAUAGCACAUUAUCACUAGAACUUAAUGAUAAAGAUCAGUCAGAAACAACAAGAGAGAGAGAUAUUGAUUUGAAUGUCCAAGUUCCAUCUGAGGAACUUGAACCAAAACUGAAACGACCAAAGUUUGAAGACGUGUCAUCUCUGCCAAUGGAUGAUGUUAAGCCUGUGGUUCAUGAUUAUAUUGAUAUCUCCAUGAAGGUUGAAGAUAGCGGAUGGAAUUUGCCUUAUGGGCACGUCAAUGGCAGGACUUUCAAUUCUGUUAAGGUGGAGCAUGAAUGUAGCCUUGACAGUGUUGAAAAUUUAUAUGUAGAGUCUUAUCAGAAAAAGUGCUGCGAGGAUAAGUUCUCGAUUGGGAAGGCAGAUAUGCUGAAAAAUCUGCCUGAGGAUAGAGAACUGAUGAACUUGGUUAAACUGACUAGGCAUGCUUGGCUCAAAAAUUGUGAAUUCCUUCAAGAUUGUGCGAUUCGUUUCUUAUGUGUUUUAUCACUAGAGCGUUUUGGAGAUUAUGUAUCAGAUCAGGUUGUUGCCCCAGUUAGGGAAACUUGUGCACAAGCAUUGGGUGCUGUACUUAAGUACAUGCAUCCUGGAUUGGUUAAUGAAACUUUGGGUAUUUUGCUUCAAAUGCAGUGUAGACCAGAGUGGGAAAUUCGUCAUGGCAGCCUUCUGGGUAUUAAAUAUUUGGUGGCUGUUCGGCAGGAGAUGAUUAGUGAUAUGCUUGGCUACAUUCUACCUGCAUGUAAGGCAGGGCUGGAAGACCCCGAUGAUGAUGUUAGAGCAGUUGCUGCUGAAGCUUUAAUACCCGCUGCUGCUGCUGUUGUUUCUCAAGAUGAUCAAAUAUUGCAUUCAAUAGUUAUGCUACUUUGGGAUAUUUUACUUGACCUUGACGAUCUUAGUCCAUCCACAAGCAGUGUAAUGAAUCUGUUGGCAGAAAUUUAUUCUCAGGGAGACAUGGUUCCAAAGAUGUUGAAUGCAUCAAUGUCAAAAGAGGAUCAUGAACUUGGCUUGAAUGAAGUUGUCUGCCUUGAUGUUCAAGGAGGAGGAUCAAACUCACAGGGGAACCCUUACAUGUUAUCAACAUUGGCUCCACGAUUAUGGCCAUUUAUGAGGCAUAGUAUCACAUCAGUUCGUUAUUCUGCCAUCCGCACUUUGGAGCGGCUGCUUGAAGCUGGAUGCAGAAGGAAUAUGUCUGAGGCCGACCUUGCUUCUCUUUGGCCUUCUUUUAUAUUGGGAGAUACACUUAGGAUCGUUUUUCAAAACUUGCUGCUUGAAUCAAGUGAUGAAAUUUUGCAAUGCUCUGAGAGAGUCUGGAGGCUCCUGCUUCAGUGUCCUGUGAGCGACUUGGAAGCUGCUGCUAGAUUGUAUAUGUCUUCCUGGAUAGAACUUACCACAACUCCAUAUGGUUCGCCAUUAGACUCUACAAAAAUGUUUUGGCCAGUGGCACUUCCUCGAAAAAGUCAUUUUAGAGCAGCAGCAAAAAUGAGAGCUGCGAUGCUGGACAGUGAUUCUGUGAGAAAUACCAUAUUAGAUCCUUCAAAGGGUGCCCCUUCACAGGAAAGGAAUGGAGAUCUUUCUUCAAAUUCUGUAAAGAUAAUUGUUGGUGCUGAUGUGGACAAAUCAGUGACUCAUACCCGUGUAAUUACAGCUACAGCUUUGGGGUUUUUUGCCUCUAGGUUGCCUGAGGAGUCUCUACAGUAUGUAAUUGAUCCAUUGUGGAAGGACCUUACCUCUUUAUCUGGUGUUCAGCGGCAGGUGGCUUCCAUGAUUAUUAUUUCUUGGUUCAAAGAGAUAAAAAAUAAGAAUCUGUCUGGAACACAUGGACUUAUGCCUGCUUUCGUCAAUCAUCUUAAAGUUUGGUUGUUAGAUUUGUUAGCAUGCACUGAUCCUUCUUUCCCAACAAAAGAUACACUUCUUCCUUAUGCGGAGCUUUCAAGAACAUAUGCUAAGAUGCGCAUGGAGGCAAGUCAGUUGUUUGUUGCUGCUGAAGGAUGUGGAGCUUUUAACAAUAUAUUGUCUUCUAUGAACACUGACCUGGAAAACUUGAGUAUUGAUGAUGCCAUUGAUUUUGCAUCGAAACUCACAGUGCAAAAUAUUGAUGCUGGGGGAGUAUCUACUGGAAAACACGUACUUGAUGAUGUGGAGUCACAGAAACAACGGCUCCUGACAACCUCGGGCUAUCUAAAAUGUGUUCAGAGCAAUUUGCACAUUACUGUAUCUGCCUUGGUGGCUGCAGCUGUUGUCUGGAUGUCAGAACUUCCUGCUAGACUUAAUCCAAUUAUUUUGCCUUUGAUGGCUUCAAUUAAAAGGGAGCAGGAGGAAGUACUGCAGCAGAAAGCUGCCGAGGCUCUUGCAGAGCUUAUUGAUCAUUGUAUAGCACGUAGGCCUGGUCCAAAUGAUAAGUUAAUUAAGAACCUUUGCAGUUCGAUGUGCAUGGAUCCUUGUGAGACACCUCAAGCUGCAGUGAUAAAUUCCAUGGAGGCUAUUGAAGAUCAAGAUCUUGUCUCUCAUGGAAACAAUAGAGGUGACCAUAAGUCUAAGGUUCAUAUGGUAGCUGGUGGAGAAGACAGAUCAAGGAUUGAGGGAUUUAUCAGUCGACGUGGGUCUGAACUCGCAUUGAAGUAUUUGUGUGAGAAAUUCAGUUCUUCAUUAUUUGAUAAGCUUCCUAAACUGUGGGAUUGUGUUACUGAAGUUAUCAAGCCUGCUAGAUUUGAAGGUUUGACUCCUGCAGAUGAGAGGCAGAUUGCAGCAGCCAUUGGAUCUGUUAAGGAUCCUCAGAUAUUGAUAAAUAAUAUUCAGGUGGUGCGUUGUACUGCCCCUCUGCUUGAUGAGACAUUGAAGUCAAAGCUACUGACAUUUCUUCCAUGCUUAUUUCAAUGCAUUCGGCAUUCCCAUGUUGCUGUUAGAUUGGCUGCUUCUAGGUGCAUCACUUCAAUGGCCAAGGCAAGGACAGGGAGUGUGAUGGGAGCUGUAGUAGAGAAGGUCAUUCCAAUGUUGGAGGAUUCGGCUUCUGUUCAUGCGAGACAAGGUGCUGGCAUGCUUGUGAGUUUGCUAGUUCAGGGAUUGGGUGUGGAGCUGGUCCCAUAUGCUCGUUUAUUAGUUGUUCCUCUUCUGAGGUGCAUGAGUGACUCUGAUCAUUCUGUUAGACAGAGUGUGACUCAUAGUUUUGCUGCUCUUGUACCUCUUCUUCCGCUAGCACGUGGCAUUCCACCACCCAGUGGACUGAAUGAAGGCUUAUCUAAAAAUACAGAAGAUGCUCAAUUUUUGGAGCAACUGCUUGAUAAUUCUCAUAUUGAUGAUUACAAGCUCGCUACUGAACUAAAAGUGACUCUGAGGAGGUAUCAACAAGAAGGCAUAAACUGGUUGGCUUUUCUAAGACGUUUUAAGCUCCAUGGAAUCUUAUGUGAUGACAUGGGACUCGGUAAAACACUUCAAGCAGCAGCAAUUGUGGCUUCUGACAUUGCAGAGCAUCGUGCUUUGAAUAAUAAUGAAGAUCCACCUUUAUCAUUAAUUGUUUGUCCAUCAACUCUUGUUGGACACUGGGCCUAUGAGAUAGAAAAGUAUAUUGAUCCUUCUGUAAUAACUACUCUUCAGUAUGUUGGUUCUGCUCAGGAGCGUCUCUCACUUCGAGCUUGUUUUGAUAAGCAUAAUGUAAUCUUAACAUCUUAUGAUGUUGUCCGUAAGGAUAUUGAUCAUCUUGGACAGCUCUUGUGGAAUUACUGUAUUUUAGAUGAAGGACACAUCAUUAAGAAUGCAAGGUCUAAGAUUACAGGUGCAGUUAAACAGUUGAAAGCCCAGCACCGCCUCAUUUUAAGUGGAACACCAAUCCAGAAUAACAUCUUGGAUCUGUGGUCCCUUUUUGACUUUCUGAUGCCAGGCUUUCUUGGUACAGAAAGACAGUUCCAAGCUACUUAUGGUAAGCCACUGCUGGCAGCAAGAGAUUCCAAAUGCUCUGCUAGAGAUGCUGAAGCCGGUGCACUUGCUAUGGAAGCAUUGCACAAACAGGUGAUGCCUUUCCUCCUCCGCCGGACGAAAGACGAAGUCUUGUCUGAUCUGCCAGAGAAAAUUAUCCAGGACAGAUACUGUGACCUUAGCACUGUCCAAUUAAAACUUUAUGAACAGUUCUCUGGUUCACAUGUACGAAAAGAGAUAUCUAGUGUGGUAAAGAUAAAUGAGGAAGCAGAUACGGCAGGAGGAAAUAAUCAACUGAAAGCAUCUUCACAUGUCUUCCAGGCGCUAAAGUACUUGCUAAAGCUUUGCAGUCAUCCAUUGCUAGUGGUUGGUGAAAGGGUUUCAGAUUCACUCAUGUCCUUUCUGUCUGAAAUCUUACCUUCUGGUUCAGACAUUAUUUCAGAGCUUCGUAAGCCUCAACACUCCCCGAAAUUAGUUGCUCUUCAAGAGAUUCUUGAAGAGUGUGGAAUUGGAGUGGACGCAUCAUGUUCUGAGACCACUGUUAGUGUUGGACAGCACAGAGUGUUGAUAUUUGCACAACACAAAGCUUUUCUGGACAUAAUUGAAAGAGACCUGUUUCACACUCGUAUGAAAAAUGUCACAUAUUUACGGCUUGAUGGAUCAGUUGAACCAGAAAAGCGGUUUGAAAUUGUGAAAUCUUUCAAUUCAGACCCUACCAUAGAUGUGCUGCUGCUCACAACACAUGUUGGUGGGCUUGGUUUGAACCUGACAUCAGCUGACACUCUUGUUUUCAUGGAGCAUGACUGGAAUCCUAUGCGAGAUCAUCAGGCAAUGGACAGAGCACAUAGAUUGGGUCAGCGUAAAGUAGUUAAUGUUCACCGUCUAAUCAUGCGUGGAACCUUGGAAGAGAAAGUCAUGAGCCUGCAGAAGUUCAAGUUGUCUGUUGCAAAUGCAGUCAUCAAUGCAGAGAAUGCCAGUCUGAAAACAAUGAACACAGAUCAGUUGCUGGAUCUAUUCACACCAGCAGAAACCUGCAAAAAGGGGGACACAACCACACCGAAGUCGGAUGGCAGCUUUGAGGAAAAUACACCAUCAGUGGGCGGCAGGAAAGGUUUGAAGGCUAUUCUGAGUGGACUGGAUGAGCUUUGGGAUCAAUCACAGUACACCGAGGAAUACAACCUGGGCCAGUUUUUAGCGAAGCUUAAUGGUUGAAUCAGAGCUGCACCGUGUACAGAGUGUAUAUUUCUAGAGGAUUUGAUCCCAAGAUUUUGACACUCUGAUUCUAAUUCUUUUUGCCCUUUUCUGUUUCCUUUUUUUUCUUUCCCCACAUUUUGGGCGGGAGCUGUGCUGGUGGAAAUGGCUUUGGGAGGAGGAGAGGGCAAUUUGUAAAUUGUGGAUAUAUUGUAAAUGCAAUCAGCUUCUUUUUUUCUUUU